AUAUAUAUACUUUCAUCAUGCAGAAGAAAAAUGAGUACGAGAAUCUUAUGAUAUGUACAGUACCUGCAAUAGUACAUACACCAUCAUUACCAGAAAUUAAUUUUCCACGUGAUUUAGAGCUUGCAUUAAAAAAUAUAUAUUUAGGACAGAGUUCUAGUCACUGUUCAGAUCUAUGUAAUAAUUACAUAAAAUGCAUUGAAAGUUUGUCGAAUGUACAAAGGAUAACAGAGCUGAAUUAUUUGAUCAUAUUAAAAAUGUGCUUGUAUCUAAUACAAUUUGAACUAGAUCUUGAAAUGAAAAAGUACACAUUGUUAAAUUAUGCAAUUGAGGAGUAUAAUUCAGAAAAGAGUUUUACUAUCAACCUGGCAUCUUUAAAUAUUGAGCCUUCUAAGCUAAUUAGACCAGGUGAUAUUGCAAUUUUUUGUGAAAAUACAAACAAAGCUCAUGCAAGCAAACCUAUUGGAGCUAAAAUCAUAAACGUAUUAAAAAAUGAAGUUACAGUAAAGUUCUUUCAUUCUAAACAAGCAGAAAUAUUGAGAGACAAGGAAAAAAGAUUUAAUAUUAGUUUUCAAAGCAAACAUUGGCCAUUAAGGUGCUGUCAUUAUGCAUUAAUGAUAAUGAGUGAAUGUAAUUGGCGUGAGAUUAUAUAUCCACAAUUGAAGACAAAUUGUACAGAUAUGGAAUUUGAUAUUGAAUGGAUAAAUACUAAUAUAAAGAAGAAUAAACGACAAAAGCAAGCAGUGAUGAAGAUAUUAAAUAACACAGCACGUCCUGCACCUUAUAUAAUUUUUGGCCCCCCAGGUACUGGAAAGACUGCGACAUUGGUUGAGGCUAUAUGCCAGAUUGUGAGACAAUAUCCAAUGAAAAACAUAUUAGUAUGCACACUAUCUAAUACAGCAGCUGAUGAAAUCGCCAAAAGAUUGAUUAAAAAUAUUCCAAUAAACUUGAUAUAUCGAAUGUAUGCCCCAUCUAGAGAAUGGUUAUCUGUGGACAAAGAGAUCCGACCAUGUGCGAAUUUUGUUGAAGACACUACAAUUUUUUUGUCGAAAGAUGUACUGCUGCAGAAAAAAAUUAUUAUUUCAACAUUAUCAUCAUCCAUAAGAUUGAUUGAUGAAAAUUUCCGGAAGAAUCAUUUUUCUUAUAUAAUUAUUGACGAGGCAAGUCAGGCAACUGAACCAGAUAUGUUAAUUCCUCUCGCGGUAACAAAUCAAGCUGAGGAUGAAGGGAUUGGAUUUCAAGCACAAAUUGUUAUCGCAGGCGAUCCUUAUCAAUUAGGACCUGUAAUUCGUUGCAGGAGAAUUGAGCGUUUGCUCGGAAGAUCCAUGUUAGAAAGAUUAAUGAAUGAUUGUGAUCCGUAUAAAAUGCAGGAUGGAAAAUAUAAUCCGAACUACAUAACAAAAUUAAUUAAAAAUUAUCGUAGUCACGGAAAUCUUUUAUAUAUGUCAAAUAAAUUAUUUUAUAAUGACGAAUUGAAAGUCUGUGGAGGAGCUGAUACGCAAAUGGCAUUGAACUGGUCGCAGUUAUCCAAUAAAAAAUUUCCCAUGAUAUUUCAAGAAGUAUUAGGCACAGAACAAAGAUGUGAAUCUCUAAGUGUCUAUAACACAGCCGAAGUAUUGUCGGUAUUAGUAUACGUAGAUAUACUGAUGAAUACCCAAUUUAAGACACACGCGAUAACACAGCAGGAUAUUGGAAUCAUAACGCCUUUUACACGACAACAGCUGCACAUUAAAUAUCACUUGGCAGCUAUGAAUUAUAAAGAUAUAACUGUGGGAACAGUUGAAACAUUUCAAGGACAAGAACGAAAUGUGAUAAUAUUAUCGACGGUACGAUCAAAGCUCUUCAAACACGAUAGCGAAGAGCAUAUUGGUUUCUUGUCCAAUCCAAAGAGAUUUAAUGUUGCUUUAACACGUGCAAAAGCACUUACUAUAAUAAUAGGAGAUCCAAAUAUACUAUGCAAAGACGAACGUUGGAAACUAUUAUGGGACUAUUGUAAAGAACACAAUGGAUAUGUUCCGUUUCAACGGUUACCGUUAAAAAAGAACCGUGAAAUAAAAUUAAUGAACAAUCUUUACACUUAUUUAUGUAAUGAUAGCGAUACAUCAAAUGCAACAAACUUAAUCGAGAAGAAAGGAAAAAGAAAAACGGAAGUAUUAUUUGAUGUACUUGUACGUAAAAUGGAAAGCUUGACUUUAAGGAUCGAUCAAAAAUAAUGAUGUAGAUUUUU